AUGAGUUCACCAAUUGGUCCCCCUGAAGUAUCAGGCUCAGGCGCUGGCGGCCGCAAACGCCAAAGAGACGACGAAGAUGUCGAGAUGCGCUCCUCGUCGGCCGCUCCUCCAUCAAGUCCUCCCGCAUCAUCUCCUCCUAUGCUGCCGCGAGAUGACUUUGACGAAGACGAUAUUGUCGAGCCCGACGAGGACCUGAUUCAAGACCUUGACGAUGCUGAAGAAGCUCUGGAGGACGACGCUGGUGUUGACUUGUUCGGCGACAACUUCGAGAACGAUUACAGACGCCGCGAAGAUGAUUUCUACGAAGGUCAGGACAUUGAUGACGAAGGAGAUUACGAUGAUCUGGAUCUGGCUGCCCGACGACAACUCGAUGCUCGUCUCAACCGUCGAGACCGCGAGCUGGCCCGCCAAAGGAGACCCCAAGUAGCUCUGGAAGAAGAUGAAGACGACCUAAUGGAUCUGACCAGACAGCCUCGCAGGCGGCGACACAGAUAUGAUGAGGAGCAAGACGAUAUGGACAUGGCCGAGGAUAUCAUGACCGAAGAGCUUUCUGCUGAAGCUUUGGGCGACGUCAAGGCCUCAAACUUGUGCGACUGGAUUGCCCAGCCCGCUGUGCAUCGCACAAUUGCCCGCGAGCUGAAGUCGUUUUUGACCGAAUUUGUCGACGACAAUGGUAUCUCCGUCUACGGCGUCCGCAUUCGCACCUUGGGUGAAGUCAACGCCGAAUCUCUGGAGAUUGAUUGGGAGCAUCUGAGUAUGUCAAAACCGACACUGGCCUACUUUAUCGCAAACGCACCCACCGAGUGCCUCAAAAUCUUCGACCGCGUCGCCAUGGACGUCACCCUCUAUCACUACCCUGACUAUGAACGCAUCCAUUCGGAGAUUCACGUCCGUAUCAAUGGACUGCCCACAGCAUACACUCUGAGAGAGCUGCGUCAAAGCCAUCUCAACAGCCUUAUCAGAGUUAGCGGUGUUGUGACACGCCGCACGGGUGUCUUCCCUCAGCUCAAAUACAUCAAAUUCGACUGCACAAAGUGCGGCGUCACACUGGGUCCAUUCCCUCAAGACUCAACCUCUGAAGUCAAAAUCUCCUUCUGCCAGAAUUGCCAGUCUCGCGGUCCCUUUACCAUCAAUUCCGAGAAGACCGUCUACCGCAAUUACCAAAAAAUCACUCUUCAAGAGUCUCCUGGAACCGUGCCCGCAGGUCGCCUGCCUCGUCACAGAGAAGUCAUUCUUCUUUGGGACCUGAUUGAUUCAGCCAAGCCUGGUGAGGAAGUCGAGAUUACCGGUAUCUACCGCAACAACUACGAUGCGGCUCUGAACAACAAGAACGGCUUCCCAGUCUUUGCUACCAUCCUCGAAGCCAAUCAUGUUGUCAAGUCUCACGAUCAGCUGUCUGGUUUCCGACUGACAGAAGAAGACGAACGUGAGAUUCGUGCCUUGUCAAAGGAUCCUCAGAUUGUCAACAAGAUCAUCAACAGCAUCGCUCCCAGUAUCUAUGGCCACACUGACAUCAAGACUGCUGUUGCACUCAGUCUGUUUGGUGGUGUGAGCAAGGAAGCCCAAGGCAAACACUCCAUCAGAGGUGACAUUAACGUGCUCCUCCUCGGAGAUCCCGGUACCGCAAAGUCGCAAGUGUUGAAGUAUAUAGAACAUACUGCACACAGAGCCGUCUUUGCCACCGGUCAAGGUGCUUCAGCCGUCGGUUUGACCGCCUCAGUGAGACGCGACCCAAUGACUCAAGAAUGGACACUGGAAGGAGGUGCCCUGGUACUAGCAGACAAGGGAACCUGCCUCAUCGACGAAUUCGACAAGAUGAACGACCAAGACCGCACUUCCAUCCACGAAGCCAUGGAACAACAAACAAUCUCCAUCUCCAAGGCGGGUAUCGUCACAACCCUCCAAGCCCGCUGUGCAGUGGUCGCAGCAGCCAACCCCAUCGGUGGCAGAUACAACGGCACAGUCCCCUUUUCGCAAAACGUCGAACUCACCGAACCCAUCCUCUCUCGUUUCGACAUCCUCUGCGUUGUCCGUGACACCGUAGACCCAGAAGAAGACGAACGCCUCGCCGCCUUCGUCGUAGGCUCUCACGGCCGCGCUCACCCUACCCUCAGCAGCUCAGCAGCAGACGCCCCAGUCAACAGCAUGCAAGACGCCAACAUGGAAGUCGACGGCGAUGUGGGAAGCUCCAAGCAAGGAGAAAUCUCGCAAGCGCUGCUGAGGAAGUAUAUCUUGUAUGCUAGGGAAAGGUGCAGACCUAGAUUAUAUCAGAUUGACCAGGACAAGAUUGCAAGGUUGUUUGCUGAUAUGAGGAGGGAGAGUUUGGCGACUGGUGCUUAUCCCAUCACUGUCCGCCAUUUGGAAUCCAUCCUCCGUAUCUCUGAGAGUUUUGCGAAAAUGAGAUUAUCAGAGUACUGCAGCAGUACGGAUAUCGAUCGUGCCAUUGCGGUCGCCAUUGACAGUUUCGUGGGCAGUCAAAAGAUUAGCUGCAAAAAGGCGCUGGCGAGGGCGUUUGCAAAGUAUACUCUUGCUAGACCUGGUGCUGUAAGGAAGAGUAGGAAUGCUAGGGCUGGUGCUAGUCAGGGUGUUGGUGUUGUUGCUUGA